UUUAUUCUGCUAAACUUAAUAUCUUAUUGUUGUUUUAGUUUACAAAUCUUACAUCAAAUGAUGUAUAACCCGCAAAGAGGUGGCAUGGUGGUUGCGAAACAAAAGUUGCAAAAUUUCACCAUAUUUUUGAUUAUUUAAGCUUCCGGUGUCUAUAUUUUUAACAAAUUGACAGUCCUACGUCCAUAAAGUAUUUGCCAGCUUGAUAGGUAUCUAAUUCUUCCCACCGUAAAUCAAAAUAUGGGCCUUUAGGUCUGCUUUCAGUAAGAUUUUAUGUUCUUGAAUCUCCCAGUUACACCAUGUCCAUGCCAUACCCUUCUUGAUAAACAAAUUCUUGUCUCCAGAGACAGUCAGCCUUGCAUUGUGAAGAGAGACCAAAGAAGACAGGAUGCCUGGAGGGAAACAAAAGCAGGCUAACAGGACCAAGGGAAAUGUUAGGCCAUCAAGCAGCGGUCGGGCAGCUGAGAUGCUCGCAUCCAGUGGAGGGACAAUUACUGUCUUCCAGGGCUUCGACACCAUGUCAGGUCUUGGAUACGUACCAGCGGGAUUUGCUACAGAGGAGGCCGACUCGUCAGUUGAUGCAGAUUUUAGGAUGGUGCUGAGGAAAUUCUCCAAGAGAGACGUCACUACUAAAAUAAAGACAACCCAGGAGUUUGGUACCCUCUGCAGGGAGAAGAGUAAUGAUGAAGUAUCGGGUGUCCUGCCAUAUUGGCCCAGACUUUACAACAAGCUGUGCAUUGAUAACGAUCGGAGGGUUCGCGAGGCCACCCAGCAUGCAUUUGAACAGCUUGUCCUGAGAGUGAGACGCAAUCUUGCUCCGCAUCUGAAGGGUCUGAUGGGUGCCUGGCUGCUCUCCCAGUGUGAUACAUUCCCACCAGCUGCAUUAGCCGCAAAGGCUGCAUUUGAAGCUGCAUUUCCUCCUGUGAAGCAAACUGGGGCAAUCAUGUUUUGCAAGAAUGAAAUAUUACAGUAUCUCAAGGACAAUCUCCUACAACAGACCCCUCAGACACUUUCUGACCCUAAAAAUACGCCAAAGGAGGAUAUUGAGUCCAAGUACGUGAAGGUUGUUUCUUCCUCACUGAUGGCAAUGAGGCUUUUCCUGACCACGAUCCCAGAUGAUCAACGUGAUGAUCUCACAGGAUUGGUAGAUGAGAUUCUUGCCGCGCCUAAACUGUGGAAGCACAGUAAAAAUCCGAGUAGCAUGAUUCGCAGUGCCUUCUACUCCAUGUUGUCAUCAGUCUGCCAGGUUUACCCGUCACUUGCAACCCGCUAUGCGGACAAGAUAUGUCCGCUUGUCAUGCAUCAUGUUGAUGAAUCUGACCCCCUGAUAUGUCCGCCACUCUGGGAGGCUGUCCUGUUCACCAUCACAAAAAUCGAGGACUGCUGGAAACACAUCAACCCCAGGAAAGCACUCUUCCCCAAGCUGUGGUCACUGAUGAAGGCCGGUUUUCAUGGUAGUGCUAAUGUGGUUUGUCCUAGUCUUCUGCCACUGCUUAGCAAGAUACCUGAAGAAGUGAUCGGCACUGGAAUUGCAUUUUAUAAUGAAUUCUUUGGGAAUAUGAAAAGCAGUCUGUGUGUGGAGCAUAUCAUUCAAAGCCCCAGCGACUGUUCUGCUGUGGUGAGAGCCUACCUAGAGUGUCUCCGCUACUGUUUGAUGAAAACACUGGAGACAGAAGAUAACAAAAAACUACAGGACUUCUUCAUACUGGAUCAGCUGAUUCCGUUGAUUGAGUCAUCGUUAUUUGAGACCAAGUCCCCCUUGCCGAUGUCACCAAUUUACACCCAACUUUCCGACCUUCUUGUCUUCCUACACAAGAUGAACGUGACAGCAGACUCAACCAUCAAACGCGACCAAACAGGGAAAAUCCUUAAGACAUUUUGGGAUAGGUUCUCUAUGAUUUGUGUCCAGUGUGUGGACCAGAGCCAAGACGCAGCAUCACCCAGCUACAUCUUAGAUCGAAUGGCUCACAUGUUUCAGGACAUUAGAAAUCCGACUAAACCACAAAAGAAGAAAACGGGCAGAGUAAUGUUUGCGGCACCACCAAAAAGAAAACAGGACAAAUCGGAACCAACCAGUGUUUCCGAAUCUUUAGAUUUGGACCUGAAAGAAAUGGACCUUUCAAAAGGUCACGACCUCGAUGAAUCGCUUGACGAUAUGAAAUAUCUCCUGCAAGAUGAUGGAGCCUGUCUUCUGCUCUUAGGCCGCCUAUGUAAACAAACAUUCCAAAUUGCUCGUCUGACGAAAUCACAUCCACACAUUCAGUUCUGCUCCCGGGUUCUUUCAGCUUACAAAGUGAAGAGGAUAUUUUCAGAAAUUUUGUCCGAUUAUGGUGAGGGUGUGACGGAUGAUGUUUGUGUGACGCUGACAUUCAUUCGUGAUGUCGUUGUGCCAUGGAUGAAGGAAUUUGAGGAGGAACACUGCACAGAGGAGGAGAAUGCAUUACCGGGACUGGUGGAGUUGUUGUUUGCUGUCUAUGAGGUGGCGGAUGCAGAGACAAAAGUUCACAUUCUGUCGUACGUCUGCCAGGAUGUAACCAGUGCUAACGUCAUGUACCACUUCAUGACCAAGCUACUCUCCCUGCAAACUGACCGCAUCAUCCAGAAGUGGCUGAAGGGUGAUGAAUUUGGCGGGAAACUUGUCGCGUUUACGAAGACACUGUGCGAGGAUAGUCUACAAAGUCAAGAUGAAGAAGCAGACGACCUGUCAAGUAGCUGGUCCCUGCUCAGCCUCGCCCUCACAACUCAGGAUAACUUUGAGCCCGUCAUAGCUAGUCAGUACGUAAAUGAGAUACUGAGGGAGCUACAAGAGGCAUUACCGUCUGCUGAGAAGGGCAGCACAUUGAGUCAACCAGAGCUAGAGAAGAUUGUCUCCUUUAUUUGUGAACUCGCCCACAACUUCUUCAGUAAUUUCAAGAGUUGCCUGAUGAUGAUGCCAACAGAAGAUCUAUUGUUUACAUUGUUCCAACUCAGCCUUCAGGAAGGACUGCCACUCACUGACUCUCAGUUGGAGAAAAUCCAGUACACUUGGCAGACUGGAGUUGUUGCUUUGGUGCAGCAGAAGGGAGGAUAUUUCAAUCCCGAAGGAUUCUUCUACAGGGCUGCGUCUCUGCUCAAGUUCUUGGUACUGAAUGGUUGCACAUCUGUAACAAGACUUGAUGGGCUGGUUGGCACCACCAUGAAGCUUCUAACCACCGUUGCAGACGGCCUUGACACAGAUGUUGGCUUCCACGACUCGACCAUUCAAACUCUUAUUGGACAAUUGAAGAUCGAUGGAUCCACGGCAUUAGUGACAGGGGCCUGGCAGGAGAGUACCCUCAUGACCAACAAGCUUCUAUUCACAAGCCUGCCAACAGAUGGAGCCCUGUCUUCCUUCCACACGAUACCACCUUCUGUCACUCCAGUCUUCUUCUACUGCGAACUACUGAGUCAGGUUGCAAAACAACAGGCAGACGUUCAGUCAGGAGCAGACCUCUGUGGGUUUGAGUUGUUUGACGCUGAUUGUGCUAUGGACUUAUCCUAUAUGCUGGUGUACUGCAAGGCUCUUUUGGGAUGUAAAGCAGAGCCUUUGAAGACAACUGAAGUCGGCCAGACCUAUCAGAGACUGGUGCCCCUUUCAAAUCAACUCUUUUCUCUCCUCAACUCGGCAGAGAAAGAGAGAUUGUUAAAGUCAGCUGCUGAAAGGUCACGUGAAGAGGGUGGUUUAUCGAGUUUAUGUCUGGAGAACAUUUUGACCCAUCAACUGAGCGAGGACGCUCAAUGUUUAGUCGGAUCAGUUGACAAGGUUUUGUCCUUACCUCUGGUACACACGUUAGCGUGUAUUCUACAUGUACAACAGGUGUCAGAGUCGGACAUUCAAAUUUUUGCCGAGGUUUUGGCUGCAAAGAUUAUCACAUGCCCAUCUGAGAGUGUGACAGAUAUAUCAGGUGGCCUUGGUUCCCUUAAUGGUUUGAACCAAGUGUUAAAGAAAGCAUCACCCCUCGAUAUCGACGGGAGGCAGACAGUCAGCCCAGAGGUCAUCUUGGAGGUCAUCAACAAGAUCAACCAAUGGAAGGAGGAGUUUGAUGAGUUGUUCUGUUUCUCAAGUGAUGUUCAUGAUCUAGAGUGGUGCCACAUAGUGCUCAAUAUUGAAGUGAUGUCAUUGAUGCGCUUGGCUGUUGAGUGGAUUCCUACCAAAUUGGAUAACAAAUGUUGGGAUUUCAUCCUCUGUAGCUUGGUCUCAUGGAUACAGAGCUGCAGCAUGAGUAUCGAUGAGCUCCCCAAGAACUUAUCAGUGCAAGCGUUUGCAUCGGGAGUAUUCCAACUGCUUGAAGCCGUCGGUGUCUGCAUCAAUACGGUGAUACAAGAAGAUGAGGCCAUGCCAGGGAAUCUCCUGUCGGAGUGGAGCGAGUUCUUCAGCGAGGGAAUUUAUAGCACCUUGUUCCCACUCUUCAUAAACUUCAUUGGUGCCAUCAAUCUCUCCGACCUGAGCUUGGGGCAGGAGUAUCUGCUUGGCCACCUGGGACAGGCCCUCUCCAGUAUGCCACAGGAUCUGCUGCGGAACCAUUCGCUCCCAGCAAAACUCGUAGCAGACGAUGUGUCCAAUCUCUCCGACCAGGAUCAGACGUUGAUCAAUCAUCUUUGCCCGCUGUUGCUAUCUCCAUGUCGGAUAGUGCAGCUGACAGCUUAUAAACUACUUAUGAAGGUUAUGGACAAACUUCCCGAAUCCGAUAUUGGCCAUCCCUUAGAAGGGGAGGAUCAGCAGAAUGAGACAGCAAGGCCACCGCCACAGGCAUUGGUGAGAAUCCUGCAGACAUCAUCCGACGCUGUCAAAAUCAUCCUCGAGGAUGUGAAAUGUGGUGAAUGCAUGGAGAUUGAACCCUACAUAGCAGAAUAUGCCCUGUCCACUGCAUAUCUCCUCUGCUGGAAGUUAUUGCUCAAGUUUUUCAAAGGUGCUAAGUCCGAGCUUCGAGUCCAGUAUGCAACCUAUCUAAAAACGACCGGUGCCAUUCAUUCAUUGCUUCUGGAUGUGUUCUGUCUGAUGCCUGAAUCACCUGUGAUACAACUCAAGGAUAUUUUAACCUCGCAGUCUCCCAUGUCGAAACUGACAGCUACGAAGAACCUGUUUGCUGAGGAGCCGAUCCUUCCAAUCAGAGGAAUUUCCAGCAGCCGUGAAGUGAAGCAUGUUGCAUGUUUCGUGUACCACACAGCACUCCAGGAAUUACCAGCGCUUGUGCGACAGUGGGUUAAUGAUCGCGACAAGAAGACGGCCUCUGUUGUGGACAGCUUUACGACCAAGUUUGUGAGUCCGGUGUUAAUCUCGCAGGAAAUGGCAUCUCUGCAGACCAAGGAGAGGAAAUUUAACAACAUGACGGUGAAGGCUAGACCCGCUGCCCGUGACAUUAUCGCCACCUAUUGUGUGGAGGAAGCCACAAUGGAGCUGAUGGUGCAGCUUCCUGCCAACCAUCCGCUGGGAACGAUCACCGUGGUGGUGGGGAAACGUGUUGGUGUCGCUGAUACACAGUGGAGGAACUGGAUGUUACAGAUGACCACGUUUCUUAAUCACCAGAAUGGUUCUAUAAUCGAGGGCUUGAAACUCUGGAAAAAGAACGUCGACAAAAGAUUCGAGGGUGUUGAGGACUGUAUGAUCUGUUUCUCCGUUAUCCACGGCUCGAACUAUCAAUUACCGAAACUGCUGUGCAGGACGUGCAAGAAGAAGUUCCAUUCAGAUUGUUUGUAUAAAUGGUUUAACACAAGUAACAACUCCACAUGCCCCCUGUGUCGGAAUCUAUUCUGAAGUGGGACAAAUGUCCUCUUGACAUGGAAGAGGACGAAGUACAAUCAGCCAUGUCAGUGUGGCGAAUACAGGGAGUCCUUCCCCCCAUUUUGUCCUCAUUAUGUGGAAAAUUGAGUUGGUGUGUCAGUUCAAUUUGAUUGGUUCAAGAAUGUAAACAGGCCUCAAAAUUCUGUGAGAGAUUUCUAUGGACAAUGAUAAAUCUGUGAAUUCUGUAAAAACUGAUGAGUCAGUCCAUAUUAUGUUAACUUGAAAUAAGUAUCUGGAUGAUAUCUAGUGCAUCAUAUGGUAAUAUUGAUAUCGACAUCAGUAAAAUGAAAUCAGAAAUUGAUGUUGUUACUGAUGGUGCUACAUGUAGGAAGAAAAAGAAAAUUUAGAUGUGAUGUAAAAUUUCGAAGUCAUUGUAUCAUUAUUCAAUCUUCUUUUGGUAUAAAUUAUUAAAGAUGA